UCAAUAAUGGCGGAGGAAUUGGACUAAAGAAAGAUUCUGACUGCCAUAAACUGACAUACAACAGAAAUUCUCUCCAUAAGUGGAGCAAGUACCAAAGGCGUGCAGGAUCAAGACAGGGAUUUCGAGCCCACUGCAGACAUGCUGGUCCAUGACUUUGAUGAUGAGCAGACGAUGGAAGAGGAGGAGAUGAUGCAAGGAGAGACCAACUUCAGCGCCGAGAUAGACGACCUCACAAGAGAAGGAGAAAUGCCCCUUCAUGAGCUGUUAAAAAUGUAUGGCUACGGUGCAGCAGAUUCAGAGGAUGAAGGACCUGAAGAACAGGAUGUUUCAGAGAAUGACCAGAGCAGCAGUUCCCAUGGGAACGUUAAGACAAACAAGGAGCACAGAGAGGACGAGGACCAGAGAUGGUCCAGUGAGGACUCUCCUGACCGCAGCAGGACACACAGCACCACUCAGCUCCUCUGCUCUGAACCAUGCAGCUACUUUGAUGGUGAUGCUGACGAAUCUGAGGAUGAAGAUUAUAUUCCAUCUGAGGAGUGGAAGAAGGAAGUAAAGGUUGGGCCGAUGUACCAGGCUGAGACACCGACUGAGCUGUGCAAAUAUAAAGACAAUGAAAAAGUAUACGAGAACGAGGAUCAGCUUCUGUGGAACCCGGAGUUGCUGCCAGAAAACGAAGUGGUUGAAUUUUUAGCUGAAGCCUCCAGACGGGUCGAAGAGCAGACUGGAGUGGACGCCGUCCCAGAGCUGCCUCUAAUUAAAGACAACGAGGAGGCUCUCUAUGAGUUGAUAAAAUGCAAUUUUAAUAAAGAAGAAGCUUUAAAAAGACUGAGGUUGAACCCCAAGCCUGUUAAAGAUGAGCUGCCAGUGUGGACUGAGGAGGAAAGACGUGAAUUAGAGCAAGAGGAUGGAGUUUAUGGAAACGAUUUUAACCCCACGCAAGCUGAUAAGAUAAAACUCUGGAGGAGAAAACCUGAUCUUCAUCCUGGUGUCACGGACUCCAGAGAGCAGACACUGGCUCAGACGGAGAGCGCGACGGUCAGCCGAGCAGCCGCUGCUCCUACAGGAGUUUCCGACUGCAGUAGUCAGCAGUUAGAUUGUGAAGCAAGCAGCACAACACACAAUGGUUCCCGUUCUGUCGAUCCCACGUCCUCAUGUGGCUCAGAUCGCACCGCAUCAGACACCCAGCUUCAUUCCAGCCCUGAUCCCAGCAUCAGCAGCUCAAACACGGACGCCGUUAGACGACAGAGGGAGGACGAGGAGGGUUCAGAGAGACCGGUGAAAAAGCCGAAGACCGAGGUGGAGUUUCUCACAGCAGCAGCAGUCUAACCUGUUCAGAGAGGAUGCACAAGUUGCAGAUAUAUUCAGCUGCAUUUCAGGGAUUUAUUUGAAGAGAUCGAUGCUCUUGGAUGCUAUUCUGAUCUAAUUCAUAGCCCAAAGCAUCAUACUUUAAACAGCCCAAAGUUUCACGGAAGUCGUCUUUGUAACGAUCACAUUGCUCUGUGUAGGAUCAGGAUCCUCAAUAACAGAAGAACACAACUCAUAUUUAUAAAUCAAAUCGAGACAAAUAGGAAUGUUCCGGUCAGUGAUAUUCAUGGCCAGUGAUCUCAGACAGCUUUAACGGAGAUAUUUAAUAUCUAAUUCCUUUGCUGUGCUUGUACAAUACAGUAAUUUUAAGUUCUUUAAAUUACAGUCUGUAAACAAACCAAAACUCCAUUACCCAAAAUCGGACGCGUUCCACGACGGGCUGUUCGACGCUGUAUCUUUUUCCACAUGAACAGAUAUUUAAGGAACUUCCUUUUUCAUAGUAUUCCAAAAAGAAAACAAAGUUCUUUGUAAGAAAAUUUGUGCUUAUUUUUGUAUUUGAUAGCUAUUUAUAUUUUGUAUACAGUUCCGGUUGAGCACAUGCUUCCAGAGGAAAUGUAAGACUGAAUAUUUAUUUCUGAUGUACUCUGUGUACCUGUGUAAACACUAUUACACUAUCGUUUCAGCCUUGCACUGUUUUCUAAUGUUUAUACACCGAUUCCAUGAUGUCUGAAGGAUAUUAGUUGACCGAUUGUUUUAUGUUUUCUGUAUGUUUUUAAGUGGUAUUAAAAAUUUGACCAUAGUGCUACUAAAUAAGUGCCCUCUAAAUUUUCUUUUUUUAAAUUUCCUUAUUUGUCACAUUUCAUG